AUGGGCGCAACCGAGCCGGCCGUGUUGCACGCCAUGCUGGCACUAGCGUCCGCGCAUGAGAUUGAGCUCAAUGGCAACACGACCGAUGAAUACAAGCCUUUGGAUCAAGGCGUCCGAGAAUGCAAUAUCCUGCGCCAUUACAACAAGUCCAUCACCUUGUUGAACACGAACUUGUCUUCGCAAAGUCCGACGUCUAUCCGCGUCGCCAUCGCGUCUUGCAUUCUAUUCGUCUGCGUAGAGUUUGUGCGGCGACGUUUUGAGACUGGAUAUGCCCAUCUCAGAAGCGGACUCAAGUUGCUUGAGCAACUCCCACGUCCAUCGAAGGACACCAAUUCCGAGACUUCCCCCGCACCAGAUGCCCUCGUCGAAGCGCUCCUGCGCCUCGAUGUCCAAACGAGGCUCGUCAAGACCGCCGCACUACAGAGCACAAAGCUUUCGGCACAGAUGCCACGUCUGGAUAUCGCAGUGUUGACGUCUUUCGUCUCACUUGACGGGGCGAGACAGCAGUUGGACACGAUUCUCUCUGCCGUCUACGAACUCCAAGAGCGAGCUCGGCGCCAAACCCCGGAAGACAACGUAUCGCACGCGUUUGGGCUUCUUAGUGCCCAGCAGCGGUUGAAAAAUGACCUCACACUCUGGCUUCAGACUUUCAAUCGCGUCAAAGGCAGUUGGUGGACGAAUCUGUCAUCCAAAGAAAAGGUUGCCUAUCACCUCAUCCCGAUCUACCACACCAUGGCCCAGAUCAUUGUUGAUACGACUCUGCAGCCAGCAAAUGAGUCGAUGUAUGACAAACACCUCCGGCAAUUUGAGUCCAUCAUAAAACUCUCUCAAGAAUUACUGACCGUUGCCCUGCCGAUGAUGGUUGAAGAGAUGGCAUACGGACUUCAUCCUGGUUUCAACUUCACGGCUGAUAUGGGGAUCAUCCCUCCCCUCUACUUUGUUGCCCUGAAAUGUAGAAACCCUUAUAUCAGGCGCCAGGCCAUCGGCGUACUAGCCACGGAUGAACAUCAGGAGGGCAUAUGGGACGCACCUUUGGCCGCUGCAAUUGCUUCGGAAGUCAUGCGGCUGGAAGAAGCCAACUUCUACGAUGAUCUCUUUCCCAGGGGCUGUGAUGCUGCCUCGACAGCGCCAAAGAAGUGCAAGAGCGGGACACUUGUGCCGCCAAUCCUGCCAGAAAACUGCAGAGUUCGUGACAUCCAGGUACACUUGCCAGAUGGAGUUGCCGAUGAUCUAAUUAUGAGCGGCAAGUCCAUGCGCUCCAACGGCAGUCUCGAGUCUUUCACAAGACGCUUCAACGUGAAGGAUAAAAUUUGGCAAUCUGGAUUUGGGUGGCCUAGUUCAGCAUCUUCACAACUGUCUGCUUCUUCUAAUUCUUCGAAGGCGUCAUACAGCCUUGACAUUGGCCUUGAUUUCUUGUAA